AGAAAGUACAAAAGUCAUAUUUCACAUUGAUCGUGUACACAAUUCAAGCAUCAAGAAGAGUUAGGUUUUUACAUACUUCAAUAAAAAGAUGAAUGUCCGUGGAGGACAGAAAAUAUUUUUGGCCUUCUGUGCGUUUGCCGCCAUCUUUUCCGUAAUGGAGCUUUACCGAUUUAAUCAAGGCUCAAACAACUUUUCUGGGUUUUCAUCAGCAGUUACUCAAGAAGCAGAUUUGAGUAAAGCAGCAUUAUUAAUAGACAGACUCGAGAGUCUCACCAAUAGAUUAAGUUUCCGUGAAUCUGUGAAAAAUGCAGAGGGAUAUCCAGAUCUGUUCCAGCUCGGCCCUAGGAUCAAAUCUCAAAUAGAAUUACGAAUAUGGGUAGAUGUCCCAAAUGAUUUUCCUUGGAGAAAAUGUCUGUCUCAGUAUAACGGUGUGGCAGCUACCACACAAUGUAGCCUUAAAAGUAAUCCUGGUUCUACGUGGCGAAUACCAGACUGGGGAGCUCCUAAUUUUCAGAUCGUCAAUAUGGAAUCAAAACAGUGCCUUGAACCAGGAAGGGGAGAAGCAACUACCAAUAUAGCUCAAGCAGUGAUUAAAGAUUGCAGUGAAGGAAGAUGGGGAUACAAUGUGAACGGUCAGCUGAGCUGGAGUACUGGAGGAGGAUGUUUGACUAGCCUGGGCUCACCGGCAGGGAAUAGGGUCGAACUCCAUCCUUGCAACAAUACACUUCAACAACAGAGGUUUGAGUUUGGUACUCUGGACACUGAUACGGGUAAAGCGGUGAUUAUUCCUCUGGAUAUAUCACAAUGGGAGGACAGGCAGAGAGUGUUAAGGGAGAGAGAAUUAGUUGAAGCUAAAGCUGAUGUUUUGAAAACACUAGUGGAGCAUACAGACCAGAGCUCAGAGAAGCGCAGAGCUGUCGUCUUCUAUCUAGACAAGGGAACUGGAUUUUUAGCAUUUCUGAACUGGUGGAUUCUAGCUUGGAAGCUAUUAGGUUUGAACUCUCUAACUGUAAAGUUUGAUAUUGUAUUGUUUGAACUCUCUAACUGUAAAAUUAAAUAUUGUCAUCCUGACUCUGUUCAAUAUUUACCAAAAGACUGUAUUGAAUACAGAGCUAAUGAGACAAGAUUGACAGGAGCUGGUAAAUGUUUAUUUGUAUCCAUGUACGGGAUAGCAUACAGGGACUCGAGAUAUGAUAACUAUAUAAAUAGUCAUGAAUGCCUGAUAAACCCUAAAGCAGAAUUCCUUACUCAGUAUUCUCAUAUUCUGAGGAGUGAUUUGGACACUUUUCCAACUCCGGGCCUACUGGGUUAUUGGCCAGAUACUAUUAUUGCAAACAAGUAUAUGGGAUACACUUUCAGGAACUCAAGUGGUAUAUCCUUGAUAACUGAACAAUUAAAAGAGGCAGCAGAAUACCUGGGCCUUACUCAUAAAGGUAUGCAUGAUAUUGGAUCUAGUUGGUUUGGACCUGCUCAUUUAGUAAUUAAACUCUCCUCUAUGACUGUAGCAUUAUCAAAAUAUCUCAGAGUGUACAUGUUUGGUCCUGGUACACACUGUAGGUGUGCAACAUGUACAGAACUACCUCUACAGUGUACAUGGGGUGGAGGACCCUAUGCGGGUACAGUACUACUUUAUGCCCAGGAGAUAGCGAUUAACCAGGUUUGGGAUCAGCAGCAGUAUGAUUCAUUAAAAAAAGGUAAUUAUUCUUUAAAUUGUAUUUAUUAAUUUUAAAAAAUCUUUCAUAAA